AUGACCAGAGUCGGCGACAUCCCCUCGGGCGCAUCGCUGAGAAUGGACAUCUCAUCUACCCGCGAGCGGAUGCCGCUUCGCAUCGUCACCUUCAACGUCCGCUACGCGACGACCAACUUUGAGCCCCAUGAGAAGCCUUGGGACGUCCGCUGCCCCAAGCUGGUCAACCAGCUAUCCUUCAUCACCGCUGGCCACGAGAGCCCAUUCAUCUGCCUGCAGGAGUGCCUGUACCCGCAGGUAAAGGAUAUCCAGUCACGUCUCGGCGAUGGCUGGUCGCACAUUGGUCGUGGCCGCGGCUCUGGAGAGCAUGACGGCGAGUUCUCACCCAUCUUCUACCGCAGCGACAACUGGAGCUGCGAGCGCUCUGAGGUACGCUGGCUGAGCAAGACGCCCUUUGAGCCGUCGCGCGGCUGGGACGCUGUGCUGAACCGCAUCGUCACCAUGGGCGAGUUCUUGCACCGCAACACGGGGACGCGCGUCAUCGUCAUGAGCACCCAUUUCGACCAUAUCGGCGUCAAGGCCCGAGAGAACAGCGCCAAGCUCCUCAUCAAGUUCGCCCGGGAGUGGGGCUCCGGAGGUGCGGGCUCUCCGUCGGCCGUCCUCGUCGGGGGAGACUUUAACAGCUCCCCCAAUGACGGCGGGUACAAGAUCAUGACAGCACCUGACUCGGGCAUGUCUGAUAUCUCUCAUCUACUACCUAAGAGCGCUCACUACGGGAACCAGAUCACUUACACGAGUUUCGGCAAGUACGACAGCUCCGGAGAAGGCUGGGAGGAGGCACGUAUCGACUUUCUCUUCAUUCAGGAGCCUCGGACAGCCCAUGUCAAAACCUUUGGUGUCCUGGCCAAUUUCUUUGAUGAUGACGUUCGUGUAUCUGAUCACCGGCCUGUCGUGUCAGACUUGGACAUUCUGGUUUGA